CUCAUCCUAGCGGGGGGAGGGAGGGCUGUCUGCGGGCCAAAGUGAGUGCGUGUGCGCGCGCUGUGGCGGUGGAGGUGGUGAGGGGGGGCCAGACAGACACACGGGGCCUAGUCGGCAACAUCGAUUCAUGCGAGGAAGCUGCAGCCAAAUAGCCGUAUUUUUGGUUCCCGAAAAGCAACUCCGGCCCGGGCCCUAGUCCGCGGUCUCGAGUUUAACGGCGGGCUGUAAACGCGGAGGACUGUGUGCAGCGGCCAGUGAGUCCUGGGGACACCCCUUGCCGUGAAAUUUACCUUGCCGUGAAAUUUAGGACCAUGGGAGACAGUCGAGGUGAGAACCAAGUCACGAUUCACGGAGCCCUGACAGUUCGUCGGUGUCCUCCCCGCCCUCUGGCCAGCGCUCGCCACCUCUCGUACCAGCGGCAGCGGCCUCCAUGACCUCCCUCCCUCCCAUUUCCAGCGCCGGGGUAAACAGCCCAAUCAGUAGCAUUGGUUCCCCGUUUUCGGUCAUCAGCUCCUCGCUCGGCUCCCCUUGCCUGCCUGGUACGCCGUCGGUUGGGUAUGGUCCCAUUAGUAGUCCACAGAUAAACUCCACCGUGUCCAUGUCAGGACUUCACGCGGUUAGCAGCUCCGAUGACGUCAAACCUCCCAUCGGCCUGAAGCUGUCGGCGCACAGCCCAGGCCCGAUGCUUUCCCAGAAACGCCUUUGUUCCAUCUGUGGCGAUCGAUCCUCUGGAAAGCAUUACGGAGUGUAUAGCUGCGAGGGCUGCAAAGGCUUCUUCAAGCGGACGGUGCGCAAAGACCUGACUUACACCUGUCGGGACAACAAGGACUGCAUGGUAGACAAGAGGCAGAGGAACCGCUGCCAGUACUGCCGCUACCAGAAGUGCCUGGCCAUGGGCAUGAAAAGAGAAGUGGCUAAGAUGAACGACAGAUCGGUUCAAGAGGAGCGUCAGAGGAACAAGGAGCGUGAGGGCGAAGUGGAAUCCACCAGCGCGGUCAACGAGGAGAUGCCAGUGGAGAAGAUUUUGGAGGCGGAGAUGGCCGUGGAGCAAAAGACAGAGCUUCAUGCCGACGGAACCUCCGGGGGAAGCUCUCCCAACGACCCCGUGACAAACAUCUGUCAAGCCGCUGACAAGCAGCUCUUCACCCUGGUAGAGUGGGCGAAGAGGAUCCCCCACUUCUCGGAGCUGCCCCUUGACGACCAGGUCAUCUUGCUACGUGCAGGUUGGAACGAACUGCUUAUUGCAUCAUUCUCCCACCGAUCCAUCACAGUGAAGGACGGGAUCUUACUGGCCACUGGCCUUCACGUGCAUCGGAACAGCGCUCACAGCGCCGGCGUCGGAGCCAUCUUUGACAGGGCGCACAAUGCUGAGGUUGGGGCCAUAUUUGACAGGGUUUUGACAGAGCUGGUGAGCAAGAUGCGAGACAUGCAGAUGGACAAAACUGAACUGGGCUGCCUGCGUGCCAUCAUCCUCUUCAAUCCAGAUGCCAAGGGCUUGUCCAACCCGAGCGAGGUGGAGAUGCUGAGAGAAAGGGUGUACGCGUCUCUGGAGACAUACUGCAAGCAGAAAUACCCGGACCAGCAGGGCAGGUUCGCUAAGCUCCUCCUUCGACUGCCGGCGCUGCGCUCCAUCGGCCUGAAGUGUCUGGAGCACCUGUUUUUCUUCAAGCUGAUCGGCGACACACCCAUCGACACUUUCCUAAUGGAGAUGCUGGAGGCCCCUCACCAGCUCACCUAGACGAGCCCAGGCCACGUUGCACACCGGGAGUAGCCGCACGCCACAUGCAGUUGGGCUCGUCGGCCUUCACCUAAAGAAACUGGAGCACCCGCCGGGCCGAAAGUAGCCCUCACACUUUCACACCAACAUAGUUCACCCGCUGCAUUACGCAGAUUUAACUUGCAGAGGCGACACGGUUUUAACAAUUAGCUCAUCUCACCGUCUCUUCGUGUACUCAGUGUUUCACAGCUCAUCCAUAUAAACAGCCGACUAUGAACGUACAUGCGCAUGUAUACGUAUAGCGUAUACAGGCGUGUGUAUAUGCAAACGUAUGAGGGGUAAAUGUCUUAAUGUUGAGUUGGAGCGCCUCUGUAUUUUAGAUCCGCCGAGUUCAUUGAUGGUUUUUAGCUUCCAAUCAGGUGCGUAGCAUUUCAAUCAGCUCUCCGCCGUCACACCAGCGUGUCUCCUUUUCGACUUAAUCCUAAAAUGUAUUAUAUAUGCUUUGUAUUUCCAUUACCGUGCUGAAACUUGUUUUUGGUUUCUAUCUUGAAGUACUGUACUCAUGAAAUGAGAGCUUUUUUGUUUCCAAGGCAUUGAAAUCCAGGAGGGUCUGGGAGCACUUUGAAUGACUAACGUUGUCCUUCCAUCCCCGAUGUGCGCACAGUUGGCUUUGUAAGACAAAAGGAAUGACUUGAAUUUCUCAUUUUUAUGCUUUCUUUUAGAUUUGAUCCCUUUGUUUCUCCUCGAUUCUGACAGUCGCUCGGCAGUUUUGACCAGCUCGCGGGAGUUGAGCGCUUCACGCCAGACUGCUCGGUUUCUAGUUUAUCGUCCGGACGUGGUCAUUUAUGCACUUUUGUGAGUCGUACCUGUGUGAACGUUUCUUCCGAAUGGCCGCCGUCUCUGAGACAAGGUACUUGGCGUCGGCUUUCUCUUAUCCUCGCUGCUGUAUCGAGUAGGAUCAAUAGUGCUUGAACAGGCCCGUUGAGCGAUGACAAUGCUUUAGCCACACAAUGAGAAAGCAUUAAUGCUGAUUAGAUGUUGUAAUCUCGCAAUAUUCUUUCUCCCCUAAUUGAUGACAUCACCGGUCAUGCUGAGAUAAAUGCAACUAAGGACCAGUGUUCGCAUCCCAGGGUUUAGGAUGUGAAUUUGUUCUAUGUGACUACCUGACACUUUGACAUUUUUUUUACAUUAGAUAUGUAAAUAUUAGGACUUUGAAAAAAAUCCCUUUCGCUAGCGGCGCCCACAAACAUUUUAAUAAUUGAUUUUUGUUGUUUUUUUAUGACCCUGUUUUAUCGACUGUGCCCCAAACUGCAGCCUUUGCACCCGCGCUCUUGAUUGGCACUUGACUUUUACUGUGAUUUGUAACCGAGCGCAGCUCCAAAUGUGAUUAGCAGAGUUUGGCAGUACUGCUUUGGAGCAUUUUCCCCUGUCCUGAGGUUUGUUUUAGGCUAAUUGGACAGGGAAUAGGUGCUACAAAUCGAACACAGUCUUGCACAGUUUACCAAUGCGAUCAAUGCACAGUACGCAAGUAAACAGGCAUCAGUUGAGAGUCGGUAAUAGAGAAGUAUUAAGAGUCCAAAUGUGUCCUCUCAAAGAGGAUUUUUGUGCUUGUGUGACUCGGACGCCCGCCGUUAGACGACCUGUCAAACAGGUGCUUUAUUUUUAGUGUUUGGAUAUUCUUCUAUUGCGCGCAAGUUGCAGGAAUGAAGGCAUUGAGUUGCAUUUAGUGAAGGGGUGGGCAAACUAUGAAUCCGCUCGGCUCUCUGAUUACUAAUUAUUACGUUAUCGGUAGUCCUGUUUGUUGCAUUCAUUUUGGUGUUUUUAACAACAUGGAAAUCGCAAGUUUUCCCAGUUAACCUUGUUAUUCGACUUCUCAAGCUGUUAUUAUUAAUGAAUAAGUUGUUAUUUCUUCAUGAUAAUCAUUUAAAGUAGGGGUGCACAAUCCGAAUUUUUUAAACCGCUAUCGAUAACUUCCUGCUCCUCAAAGCCGAUAACGAUAACCAAUAAUAAAUAUAUAAUUUUAAAAUGUAUAUUCACCUGAAUUUUUGAACACCUGGAGGUUAAAAAAACUAGUGGUGGAUUAAACAUAGAUUUGCCUUUGACCUAAGCAGAUUUUUCAGGAUGACGUGAAUAUUAUUAUAAUGAACAAAACAAAGACAAACAGUUUUGACUUCAAAGUGCCCAUAUUUAUUUUUCAAAUAAAUAUAAUUUGAGUCUAUAUCAUUGACGAUGUGUUCCCCUGAACAAUGAGCACUGAACUAAAACAUAAACCAACAAGUAUUGUGCUUUGUCAGCAGAUAAAACAUUUGGUGCAACAGGAGAGGAAACUAUUGUGGUCUUGGUCCAUGAAACAAAUUUUGGACAGCAAGCCUAUCAAUAAUCAAAAGGCCUCUCAAUAACUUGUAAACAUGACACUGGAAAAUGCAAACAUUUGCUAAUUGCCAUAGGUUUAUCAUUCAGUGAUGGAAAAGUAAGACCUCUAGAACAGUAACAAAACUUUGUAUAAACCAAGACAAGGAUUGAAGUAAAGAAAUACAGACACAUAAAUUCAACUGAAAAAAAGAAUGCAUUCAGGCUCUUAACAGUAUAAAAAAUUAAAUAACUGAGGCACUGAAACAAGUUAUAAAUUUAGUGAAAACGCAUUGAUUCCUCAUUAUCAAAAGUAUUGUAGAACAAAAGGCUUCCCUUAUCAUACUGUAAAAACAAUAGCAAGUGAAUCCAUUUCAGCAGCAGCAAGUUACGUGGCUUAUUGGAUGUGUUGUAGCUUGACACUUUUUUUCCUGCCGUGUGGAACUUUAUUACAAAUUGCGAGUGAAGCGUUUUCCACUGACCAUUUGUAGAAAUCCCACACUACCGACGCCAUGUUUGCUGUGAACUAACCAGCUGUGCUGCACACUGCCGUCGCUUGAGCGUUACGUCACAAAAAGGGAGCUCUUGAUUUGUGGUACACCUCACUCUUUCUGAACCACACACAGUCACUGAUACAUUGUAUUGGCAAAACAGGAAUUGAAACAAACGCACACAUCCUAAUCCACCGACAUAGUGCCAAAAAUAUUAUACUGUAUAUUAUCGGGCCUAUUAAAAACGUUAUCGUAUUUAUUGGGAUGACCUCAUAAUUCCUAUUAUCGGACCGAUAAUUAUCGUGUACCUAUGAUUUAAAGGGAUCCACAGAAAGACUUGUAGUUGUUAAAAGGGGAUGGCGUGGCUCAGUGGUAGAGUAGUUGCCCCCCAACCCAGAGGUUGUCGUUUCAAUUCUCUGCCCUGAUGAGCUCACCUAAGUAUCCUUGAGCAAGAUACAGAACCCCAAAUUGCUCCUGGUGCUGCGUCACCAGUAGGUAGAUGGCAAUGUAGUGUAAAGUGCUUUAAGCGCCUUGAAAGGUGGAAAAGCGCUAAACAAGUAAAACAACAUUUACCAAAAGAUAAACGUUAUUAUGAGUUAAAAUAACGUAAUAUUGAAAGCCCUCUUUAUGUUUUCGUUUUUAUACAGUUUGUAACAUUAGUUUAACUAGUUGGUCGCCAUUGUUGUUGACGUCCCAGGGCGGUGCUGUCACAUGCUUACGCUGCUGGGCUUCCAGAGUAUGACUCUAGCAACAUGUCAUCUGCUCAACCCUUUCAGUUUGAACCCGAGAGGAACAUUCAUUAGCAUGACAGCACUGGCAAUAUUUCACAAAACAAGCAGCAAAACCAAAACGGACAGGAAAGACGGGAUGAGACGUGACGAGAGUAGGAGAAAAAAAGCUGUGUUCUGCUAAAAUGUGCUACACCGGCAAAACGUCCUACAAGAGCCAAAUUUGACACCCAAAGUACUACCGUGCGCUUUCAGCUUGUUUUGUUUAGAUACAUACAGACAGAACAUAUUAAAGAUGCCUUAAGAAAAUACUUAUACGUAGUAAUAUCAAAUAAGGGUGGUUUAAAUACGCUACAUGACUAACGUAGUCAACAGAUCAACAAUCUGCUUUAAAGCCACGUCAAGACAACACAAUGCUUAAAGGUAUGAGAGGGAAACACAUGCAAAAUGUAUUUUGAGGCAAUAAAAAGGUAAUAAAGGCCUCAAUAAAAACACAAACAGUACACGCCGCUUUUAACCGGGUAGCACAUGUGUUGGACGUCUCACAGCUUAGAAGGAAUUGCAGUAACUUGGUAGUUUUCGUCGAGUGACGGUGACAAUCUACGUCAUCACCCCAAGCGUCCAUAAAACAAGGUGCCCUACGUAGGUAAAAAACGUACUAAAUAUUAUAGAUUUUUAAAUCAAUGGCAAUAUUUUAUGUAUUUCCAAUAACCUAUUUUAGUAAAAGAGAACAAAAGUCUUUAAGUCAGAGGUUCCCUUUAAUAACUUGUUAUUUGUGUUGUAACCAGUGUUGUAUUUGGCAGCCCUUUUAAUUUUCGUCUUAGUCUUUGGGACGAAAAUACUUAUUAGUCUUAGUCAUAUUAUAGGCAUUUCAAACUGUGUUCGUCUUCGUGUAGUUUUAGUCAACAAAGAGUCAAAUUUCGUCUAGUUUUCGUCGACAAUUCCUCAAAAUGUUUUUGUCAACUUCAAAAGUUUGUCCAUGAAUAAAUCAAUAAAGGUUUCCAAUAAUUUCUAAUAAACAUUGACAGAGGAGCACAUAAUUGUAGAGUGUGCAAGGACAUGACCCUUAUUUGUGUUGAUAAUACACACGUAGCAGGAAAACAGUACAUUAUUUACAAUUAAUGAAACCCACCUGGACGCCUCCAGCUUUCUGUACUAGUUUUUCAAGAGUUUAACAAGAGACUCACCACGCUAAAUGCUAACGCUAUGCUAACGCUACAAGUUACAUUUAGUGUGUGAUGAUCACUCAGCACAGACCUUUAAAGGCUAUAGCAACAUGGCAUAUCAAGCCAAGAUAAGAAAACAAAACUUACCAAGCAGCACCUGGCACAUGUGUUUCACAAAAAUAACCUGGAGUGGACACGCGCUAACGGCACGUCACAUGAAUGACACGACCAAACACUGCUACGAUGCAUACUAACUACACAUAUGACAAGAAAAUGUCACACAUUGUGAACUUACGACGAAAUUUAUGGCGAAUUUUCGUUCUCGUCUCGUCAGACGAAAACUGGCAUCUGUCUUGUUAUGUUUUAGUCUCCUAAGACGUUUUUAGCAAGUCAUUGUCAAGAAAAAAUUGUUCGUUGACGAAAUGUUUUUGUUAUCGUCAUAGUUGACAAAAACAACACUAGUUGUAACGUGCUUACAUCAAUUUUCAAAAUGUUAUAAUGAAUGGAUUAGUCCUUAAAUUGUACUGCUAACAAUUAUAAAUACAUUGAGCAGAUUUUUUAAAAUGAAUUUUUCCGUCCUAUCUCCUCAAAAUAGAUGAAUAAAAUAUAUUUUUAUUGAUUAAUCUUAUUAAAUACCUAAUCUUUUCAUUGGUUGUAAAUAUUUAACAAAACUCAUUGACUAGGAAGCAAGUUUACACAUUUUUAAUCGUAUUAUUGAAAUGUGAUUUUAUAUACUUUUUAAACCUAAUUGACCAUCAGUCCAAUUUAAAACAAUUUUCAUGUGGCUUUGAGCAUAUAGGGUUGCCCACCCCUGGUUGAGCGGAUGAUUUUUUUUUUUUUUGUAAAUGCUCUUUUUUUAGAAGCGAACCCCAAAAAUUCGAUUUUCAACACAACGAGAAGGCCGCUCGUUUUUAAGAGCCGUCUCACGUUUGGCGCAAAUGACAACUCACUGUGUUUGUCCUCCAGAAGCUUGCUCGGCGGAACAUUGACGUCGUAGCGCUUCGUGACGUCCGCACGCGGACAUUAAAUGUCAAUCUUUUGCAAUCAUGGUUAUGGCUUGACAGAAAAUAUGCAACUGGACUUACACCAUAAGGUGAAAAAAGUUAUUAUGCCACUUAGAAUUACAAUGGGCUCAUUCCAUUUUUGUUGUUUUACAGUACAGUGUUGUUUUAUGGCAGCAGUAAAAAGGGGGGGUUAUAUUGACCUUAACAUGCAGUUGCACUAGCAUACAGGCUAAAGCACCAUAGCUACAUCCAUAAAAUUAACAUUUCUGUCAGAUUUUUGGUAUGCUAAGAGUGCAUUUAACCUGAUAAAAGGGUUGAGUCGACAUUCUUAAAUAUUAAAAUCAGAGGUGCAACAAUUAAUCAUCGACAACUAAUCGAUUAGCAAAUUAAUAUUCAACUAUUUUGAUAACCAAUUAAUCGUUUAGGACCUUCAAGUUAAACUUGUCUAAAUUCUUAAAAUGAUAACAUAUAUGUAACUUCUGUUGUAAACAUUAACACAUGUUUUAUUAUAUUUUUGUUAAGUCAAAGUGGCACAUGUAAAAAAAAUAUUUUGGAAAACAACAAUUCACAUUUUUGCCUAUUUUUAGACAUCUUACUAUCUAAACUAGCUUCUUAAUGAGGCUGCAACAACUAAUCGAUUAAACUGAUUAAAAUCGAUUGAUAAAUUAGUUGCCAACCAAUUUUAACAAUCGAUUUUUUCCAGCAGCUGUGAGAAAUCGCGUUUGGGUCCUUGUUUGUGUGCCAGUGAUUAGAGCAAGAGAGAGAGCCAGUUCACUGUUACACUCUGGUUGGGUUCGUGAAUCAUACGAAAUGUUGAGUUAGAUUGCUGAGUAAAUGAAACCAAUUGCAUUAUUUGUAUUCUUUGUUGAUGAGACGUUACUACUUAUCAAAGAGCACUAAGCUAGUUAGCCAUUAUGCUAAUCAGUGUCCUAAGUGUCCGUUUGUAUUGUGUUUUGGAGAAGCACAUUGGCACUUGAGUUAUUGUUAGAUAGUAAAGUUGAAAACACAUUUCUUUUUAUAAAGAAACCACACAGUCUCAACACAAACUUCCAUUCAAACUGUACAGGAGAGUGUGCUUUGAAAUUUUAUUUUGUCUUCAUUGUUACUUACAACAUGCCUCAAACAACUUCAAGUUAAACUGUGAAGAUAAUUGAAAAAAGUGACAUUCAUCCGAUUAAUCGAUUAUAAAAAAUAAUCGUUAGUUGGAGCCCUAAUUAAAAUGACGCACUCACUCUGCCCUGUCAUACCCUAGUCUUUCCUAGCCUCCCUUCUAGACGUCUGUAGCACUGUAGGAGUUAAAUGAGUUCAUUAUGUAAGACCAAAAAUUUUUGUUUGAUGAAAGUCGGCUACUCCCGAGUCAUGACUGUGAACUGUGAUAAAUUUUUGAUAAUCACUCUCCCCUGAUACAUCAGUUUGCUCUUAAUUUAAAAAUGACACAAGUGGAGUUAGCCCACUCUUGUUCUCAGUGGCUCAUAAAAUGUUAUCGGAGUGGGGUCUGUCGCAUGCAUCCCACCUGAAGGUUUGUCCUCUGCGCUGAGGUGUUUGCGUUCUUCCAGAUUGCUUUGAAGUUUUAACGCACAGUCGUCGAGACUGUGAUAAGAGGCCGAGUGAAACCGCGGGCAAAAAUGAAGGCAGGAUGGCGGUGCGAUUGAGCGUUUAUCAGAACACCCUCCGCCUUCAUCCCCUCGGCCUUUGCUGCUUUUCGACCCAUCGGUGAAUAAACCUUCCAAUUAAAUGCGAGCGGAAGAGGCCGUUCAUCGGCGCUCUUGUGUGAUAUUCUUGUCGGAAAAGGAUGUGAAGUUUUCCUGGCGUCCCCCGACUUCAUGCGCUUUCUUAACGUGACGGACGCAAAUGCAGGGGUUCUCAAACUAAUCCUUACAUGGUAGCAGCAGUAGUAAUAUAAGUGGUACCUUGGGAUGAGAGUUGAAAUCAUCCCAAGACCGUGCUUGUUUUUCAACACUUAUCCUGGAACAUCAGAAAAAAUUGUGAACACAAACCAUGUGUACUAAAUGUAUUUUUGGACUAUAAGUCGCAUUAGCCAAAUAGUGAACCACGAAGAGGAAAAACAACAUAUAUGAGUCGCAUUUUUGGGGGUGAAUUUUAUUUUAUCAGAGACCAAGAACAGAGAUUAAACAUGCACUAAAAUGGUUACAGGCUACAUGGGUGUCUGUUGACUUAUUGUUAUUUUUCAUUUAUAAAACCAAAUCCUAAAUCAGAAUCGGUUAAAUGUCGGAUGCGAUCCGCAAGUUGUUCUGCCUAUUAGGCACGAUGUAGCUCAUUCAUACUGUACAUACAGACCUCAUACAUAUUGUUGACAGUGGCGCCGUAAAACCCAGAUUUGUGAUUUCACCUGGCUCACAUUUGUGUCUGCAGUUACAUUCGUUCAUACGACCCCCUGUCCCAGUCAAAAUAGAUUGGACGUCUAGCGCCUGUCAAUGGCAGCCAAUGAAUUAUCAAGGGUGGGACCCCAAAAUGCCCCCCAAACAAGAGGAAGUAACCCAAAAUAAACAAGAACUUUAUAGAGAGUCUUAAAUCAGUGGUGGAACAAAUGUUAAUAGGUAAAGUCAAAAAGUAUUUGGUGAAAAGAAUACUGAUACAAUGUGAGUAACUGCUUAAGAUGCUUGAUUUUUUUUUAAAACAAUGGUUAGCUAUAUGAACUGUUAUUAUUAUUCUGUUCUAUAACAUAUUACAUAACCACAUUAAGCUAAAGAAAUACAAAAACGUUAAAUUCCGACAGAGAAAAAAACUACUGGAACUGAGCAUUAUUUGUCCAAAGAGCAUGAGUGCCCUCUAGUGGAUAAAACUAAAAGGUUCAUAUUUCCAGUUUUCCAUGGUCAACCGGUGCCAAAUAAAAACUGAGAAAUAUUAAAAUCUGCGCUUUCGAAUCAUAUUCAUGGCUAAGUCAAAUACUUAAUUUUUUAAAGGUGCUUUAAAGAUGCCACGUGAUUGAACUGACCGGCGUGACCAUAGAACGGCAACGGCAAGCCCCUAAGCUCCGCCCUUGCCUAAUAUUACAAGGAAGUGACCGAAAAUUAGCUCUUUGGCUUCCAUUGACAAUUAGAAACGUCCAAAACUGGCAGGACUGGCAGUGAAUGUUCAUAUCUCAGUGCCAUUAUCCAGGAAAAAUGGAACAAAUCUAAUUGCCAUGAAUUUGUCCCGUGAACCAAAAUAAGUUUGACACCCCUGAAUUAAAUACUGUAAAUAAAUGUGACUUGACAUUUAUUACAGUGGUAUGAAAAAGUAUCUGAACCUUUUGGAAUUUUUCACAUUUCUGCAUAAAAUCACCAUCAAAUGUGAUCUGAUCUUUGUCAAAAUCACAUAGAAGAAAAGACAGUGUCUGCUUUAACUAAAACCAUCCAAACAUGUAUAGGUUUUCAUAUUUUAAUGGGGAUAGUAGGCAAACAAUGACAGAAGAGGGAAAAAUAAGUAAAAAUAAGUAAGUGAACAAUCACAUUUAAUAUUUUUUUAUUUGGACUUUGACUUGGCCACUCCAGCACGUGUAAUUUGUUCUUCUGAAACCAUUCUGAAGUUGAUUUACUUCUGUGUUUUGGAUCAUUGUCUUGUUGCGGCAUCCAUCCUCUUUUUAGCUUCUACUGCCAGACAGACGCCCUCAGGUUUUCCUGCAAAACAUCCAGAUAAACUUUUUAAUUCAUUCUUCCAUUAAUGAUUGCACGUUGUCCAGGCCCUAAGGAAGCAAAACAGCCCCAAAUCAUGAUGCUCCCUCCACCAUGCUUCACGGUGGGGAUGAGGUGUUGAUGUCGGUGAGCUGUUCCAUUUUUCCCCCACACAUGACGUUGUGUGUUACUCCCAAACUUUGGUUUCAUCAGUCCGCAAAAUAUUUUGCCAAAACCUGUGGAGUGUCCAAGUGCCUUUUUGCGAACAUUAAUUGAGCAGCAAUGUUUAUUUUUUUUAGACAGCAGUAGCUUCCAUGUGUCUUUUUAUGGAAAUUAAAUGAGCAACAAUGUUCUUUUUAGACAGCAGUGGUGUCCUCCGUGGAGUCCUCUCGUGAACACCAUUCUUGGCCAUAGUUUUACAUGUAGUUGAUGUGUGCACAUAGAUUUAGCAGAGACUCUAGGGUUCUUUUUUACCUCUCAGAGUAUUCUGCGCUGAACUCUUGGCAUCAUCUUUGGUGGAUGGACACUCCUUGGGAGAGAAGCAACAGUGCCAAACUCUCUCCAUUUGUGGACAACUUCAAAUGAUGAACAUCCAGACUUAGAGAUGGUUUUGUAUCCUUUCCCAGCUUUAUACAAAUCAACAAUCCUUGAUCACAGGUCUUCAGAGAGCUCUUUUGACCGAGCCAUGAUGCACAUGAGACAAUGCUUCUCAUCAAGACAAUUCUUACCCGGUGUGUAUUUUAUAGUGGGCAGGUCAGCUUUAAACCACUCAUCAGUGAUUGGGCACACACCUGACUUAAAUUGUUUGGGAAAAAAUGGUUUCAAUUGCUGUGUAAGUCUCCUUAGGCAGAGAGUUCACUUAAUUAUUUUUCCCCCUUCUGUCAUUGUUUGCUUGCUAUCCUCAUUAAAUUAUGAAAACCUAUAAAUGUUUGGGUGGUUUUAGUUAAAGCAAACACUGUUUUUACAUCUGUGUGAUUUUGACAAAGAUCAGAUCACAUUUGAUGGUGAUUUUAUGCAGAAAUGGGAGAAAUUCCAAAAGGUUCAGAUACUUUUUCAUACCACUGUAUAUGGUGCCCACCUCCAAAACUGCGGCUCUUGGACCCCCGUUUGAGAACCCCUGCACUAUUGUUUUUCAUAGGCGAGCACAAAUAUUGUUACAUUUGGAGAUGCUGUUUAAGAGGACGUGUGCUUUUUUUAAAAUUUGUAAAAGAUUGAAGGCAGGCAUUGACUGACGUGUUUGUAAAGACAUUGGCAGAUGACGUAGCCACCACCCAAGUGGUGCGUUGGCUUGCUUGGUCUAUUUCUGACCGCCAUGCUGUGUUGACCUAAUGAAGGGUCUCUCAUAGGAAUAGAGUGGCAGCUGGUGUGUGAGGGUCCGCUUAGAAGACGGUGGAUAGAAAAAGUCUACACACCCUAGUAAAAAAUGUCACUUUUACGUGAUUUAUGACAAUAACGUUGCUGUGUAUCUGCCACCAUUUAAAGUGCCUCGGAUGAACCCCAAGUUUAGCUGUUCUAGUAGGCUUUUCUCACUUUUAUUUUGAUUUCGUGCCAUCCGAUUAGUCGUAAUUCACUGCCACGAAAAUACUGUACCGCACUGUUGUUGUGUUGUUUACAUGAACUUAUUGUCUGCCAUUGAGAAUAAUGGAUGUUGAAUUUAUUUAAACAGGGAGAACUGUUAUGAAUGCUUCAGUAAUAUUUACGGUGCUAGACGUCCAAUCCAUUUUCACUGGGAGGGGCGAAUGAACGUUCAUUCGCCCCUCCCAGUGAAAAUGGAUUGGACGUCUAGCGUCAAAUUCAGCCAAUUACUUAAUGUUGUAAUCCUUAUCCAAUCUCAAAAACCUGGCGUUUGAACAAGGGUGUGAAGACUUUCUAUCCACUCUGAUUAGCGUUUGGAGCCCAUCAUGGUGCUUAACCUGCAGUGUGUUGGUGCUUUUUUUCUUCUGUAUCUCCUCCACUGCACCUUUUCGUGUGUCGGGCUCGCGUCACGCGAAGGGAUCGGUCGGUUUUUAAGGUCAAUUAGAGGAGGGAACUGGAAAAAAAAAAUUAAUCUCCCCAUGUAGAGCUAGAAUGUUUCUUCUUAGCUUAAACAAAAUUCACUCUUGUUACUUUCCAUUUCCCCUCCCUGUGCUUCCAGCUUUUUUUGUUUAUUCCAAAGUAUUAAACAAAUGCAUCAAGUGUCCAAUCUGAAUGGAAGCUGCCCCAAGUCUGUUCUUCAACCUGUUUGUAUCUUACUCCAUCGUGCACGUGGAGCCCUGUGACUAUUGUGUGCUUUGGAGAUUUGGAAGAAUAUGAUGUUUUUUCCCUUCCCAGUCAUUAAUUCUGACUUGUUUCUGUUUGUUGUAUUAUGUCUGAGUAAAGCUUUUAAUACUGUAAA